CCAACUGUGCUUAAAAGACACUGAAACUUGAAAUUCAGAAACGUGUCCAGCAUGGAUCGCGUAUAUUCCUUAGCCGUCACAAACUGUAUUAAGAUCAGCUCCGCUUCUGCUAACCAUGGCAUCGGAUUUCGAUUAUGCGUACCAGGAUCUGGCUGGCUUCAUUGUUCCCGUCACAGUGAUCUACAUUCUGUUGUUCCUCAGCGGGAUCAUCGGGAAUGUCUUCAUCUGCUUCGUCAUUGUCAAGACGCCGUACAUGCACACCUCUACCAACUGCUAUUUGUUCUCUUUGGCGGUGGCGGAUAUUCUCAUGCUGCUCUUCGGUGUUCCAAUGGAGUUGUACUCUUUCUGGAUGCGAGAAUGCAAUUUUGAAUUCCCCUCUUUUGUGUGCACUGGAAGAGCGCUGUUGGCCGAGAUGACCACGUGCGCUUCCGUGAUGACCAUCACUGCCUUCACUGUUGAACGGUAUCUUGCAAUUUGCCAUCCAUUCCGCACAGAGCGACUAGUGACGGUGUCGCGCAGUCGCACUCUGGUGAUCCUCAUCUGGCUGUUUGCGCUCUUCCUGGCGGCUCCCUUUGCUCACUAUGCCAAGGUCAACCACGUGUACUACCCGCUCGACGACAGCCUGCAGCGCAUCCCGGGAACGGGCUGGUGCAGCUUCGACCACGAACGCCAGCGACAGGUCUUUGCCCUGUUCCUCUGUCACGCCAUUGCUUUCUUCUUUCUGCCCAUGGGGCUCCUCACUGUUUUGUACGGGUUGAUCGCUUUGACACUGCGCAGCCCCACCAAACGCUACCAACUGAGCGGCAUGCACGCUCGCUCGGGGACAUCCGAAUCGUCCAACAGCGAAUCGCUAUCCGGGGCAUCGCGCACCCAGUCCCGCAAGUCCACUAUUCUCAUGCUUGUGGCGGUGUGCCUCGUGUUCUUCUUGAGCUGGUCACCUUUCCAUGCUCAACGUUUGUUAUGGUCAACGGUCGAUCGUUGGGAUCAGCAGGUGACAACGGCCAAUGCGGCGCUGUAUAUGGUUGCCGGUUGUGCGUAUUAUGGCAACGGAAUCAUCAACGUCAUCAUCUACAACGUGAUGAGUUUCCGCUUCCGACAGGCUUUCCGCGAGACGGUGUGCCACCGCAAACGCCGGUCGGUCAGCCUGGACGAGCCAGAGCAUGGCGGCGCCCACAAUGCCGGCACGGUGCCGUCCACUCCGCGUCAUCCCCGAUCACAUGCAACCAAUCACACCACCAUUCAACCCUUUACUGUCUACACUGUUAAUCCAUGAUCAGGUUCUCUAGCCCACAACAACCCAUGAUCAGUCUUAGUCUGCCUCCGAUCUGCUCAGUUAAACUCUUUUUUUAUUUUUAUAUUUUACUGACAGCUUUGGACCUUUGGUCACGAAGUUUCUUCUUGUUAUUAUUUAAAUCAGCAAAACCCUGCACAGUUGGGUACUACCACACUGUAAUAUUAUUUUAUUGUACGUUCAUGAUUCAAUUUACCGUAAUAUUUCUCAUUCGGGUC